AUGGUAAACGAGGGUCUCGUCUCCCUUAUCGACUCAGGAACCAUCCUGAAGGUCAGCUCUACGUUGGACAAAUCGACAGGGAAGAAACACCUUGUCGAUGGUAGCCAAGAAACAUGUUGGACGUCUCAACAAGGCUUGCCUCAAUUCGUUCAGAUAAACUUCACGGAAAAGACUGUUCUUCCCAAGCGGAUAUCUCUGACCUUCCAGGGUGGCUUCGUUGGGACAUCAUGCAAGGUUCUUGCAGUCUCCUCCACCUCGAAUGACCCAAAGAAUUGGCAACCGUUCACUGCCAUAUACCCCGAAAACGUCAAUCGUCAGCAAACCUUCGACUUAUCUUACGAUGCGGAGACAUGGGAGAAGGGAAUCACUUCCUUGAAAUUGGUCUUCGAAGAGAGCUCAGACUUUUUUGGUAGAAUAACCAUCUAUGAUCUCAAGCUAGAAGGAACAGUCGUGCAAACCGAAUAG